AUGAGGCACUUCAAUGUCGUCGUCCUAGGAGCUGGAGGAGUAGGGAAGUCGGCCUUGACCGUGCGAUUUGUUCAGGAUGUCUUCCUGGAGAACUACGACCCCACAAUUGAAGAAGCUUAUCGACGCAUCCUCGAUAUUGAUGGUGUAAAGACUUCGCUAGAAGUAUUGGAUACUGCCGGUGCUGAGCAAUUCACUUCUCUGAAAGAGCUUUAUAUCAAAUCUGGCCAGGGAUUUGUUUUAGUUUUCAGCCUCACACAAGAAGCAAGUCUUAGGGAGCUGGACAACCUUCGGCAGCAGAUACACCGAGUGAAGGGAAUGGACAGCGAUGUCCCUAUCGUUGUUGUUGGGACAAAGCUCGACCUUGUCACAGAACGAGAAGUGGCGAGAAGCACGAUACAAUGUCUGGUGGCGCUGUGGAAGAUACCAUUCUACGAAACAUCAGCCAAGCGUGAUUGGCACAUUAAUGAUGUCUUCCAAGAACUUGUCAAGCAAAUGCUUAUGCACUACCCAGAUGAACCACCCCUGAAGAAGGCUUCACGUCGGUUACGCCAAAAGCCCUGCAUUGUGAUGUGAUGCAUGCAGAAUAUGUGACGCCACUCACGAUGUCUUGAUUUAUUAUGCCCAUCGGAGUUGCAUCAGGUUCAAACUUCGACUAUGAUUACCCUCAUGCCGUUUAUACACGACGUUUGACAUAUAUACCCAGCACAGACUUAUGUAUUGCCCCGAUAUCUAUGUACUUAUUUAUUACGUUAGAAGAAUAUCACGUAAGCAUAUUGUUGUUUAUUUACUCCAAAUCAAACGCAUUUUUUCCAGCUCUU